UUUUUUUCUUUGAAAAAUUCCCGCAAUUUUUUCAUCUUGGUUUAUGUCUUUUAAGCUAUAGAUGCCUUUUUCUCGUCUUUGUGGCGACUAGUCAAUGGUAAAGAAAAAUGAAAGUCUGGUCAAAGACUCCAUGCACAGAAGCUGUUUCUUGAGGGGAUUGGAUUUGUUUGUGUUUUUUGAGUUCUUUAUUUGAUGUUUUAUAAGCCUUUGAGAGAGUGGAAUGUGGGAAAGAUUGGAUUUUUGAAGAGUUGGUUGAGAGGUUUUCUGUUGGUGGAGGUUUUUGGUUUUUGGCAUUGAAAGUUGGGAGUUCUUGUUUUUUUGUCUGAAUCUUUGUUUUUUCGACCUUUUUUUUGUCUGAAGGGGUGUUUGGUUUCUGGGUUUUUGUUAGAAAGAGGGGACUUGAAGGUAGAGGUUUUUAGCUUGAAAGGUGGGGUCUUUUGUCUGAAAUUGGGGUCCGUUUGGUGUUUUUGAUUGUUGGUUUGGAGAAUUGAAGUUAGUUUUUUUCUGGGUUUCUGUUGGAAAGUGGAGAUUUGAAGUUGGUAGUGGUUAUUGUACUGAAAAAUAGUGUUUUUGGUUUGAAUUUUUUUGGGAGCUUUUUGGGUUGUGGAUUUGGAGAAUUGAAGUUGUUUUUCUUUCUUUGAUUAUAGUAUUUGGUGGGUUUUUAUUUUUUUAUUUUAAACUUGGGCUUUUCAGGUCUUGUUUUGGGUUUCGAUUUUAGGAUUUGGUGUUCUUGAACUGAGCUGAAAUUGUUAGAGAAUGAAUGGUGGAAGGAGAAAGAGGCUCCAUUUCAGCAAGUUAUAUUCCUUCACAUGUGGAAAAUCGUCAUUCAAAGAUGACCAUUCCCGGAUCGGUGGGCCUGGUUUCUCCCGGGUAGUCUUCUGCAAUGACGCGGAUUGUUUUGAAGCCGGAAUUCAGAGCUAUGCUACGAAUUACGUUUCGACGACUAAGUACACGUUGGUUACUUUCCUCCCGAAAUCGCUGUUCGAGCAGUUCAGGAGAGUCGCCAACAUGUACUUUCUAAUUGCAGGAUGCUUGGCUUUAACCCCGCUUGCUCCCUACUCUGCUGUCAGCGCCCUUGCCCCUUUGAUCCUCGUGAUCGGGGUCAGCAUGGUGAAAGAGGCCAUCGAAGAUUGGAAGCGAAAAACGCAGGAUAUUGAGGUGAACAAUCGAAAAAUCAAAGUUCACCAGGGAGAUGGAACUUUCGGUUACACCGAAUGGAAGAAUCUGAGAGUUGGAGAUAUAGUGAAGGUGGAGAAGGAUGGAUUCUUUCCUGCUGACCUUCUCUUACUCUCUUCUAGCUAUGAGGAAGCUGUUUGCUACAUUGAGACCAUGAAUCUCGAUGGUGAGACGAAUUUGAAACCGAAACAAGCAUUGGAUGUGACUUCGAACUUGCACGAUGAUUCUAGCUUGAAGGAUUUCAAAGCUAUAGUUAAAUGCGAAGACCCGAAUGCGAGUCUCUAUUCUUUUAUUGGAACUUUGGAUUUUGAAGAGCAACAGUACCCUCUUUCACCUCAACAGCUUCUUCUUAGGGACUCGAAGCUCCGGAACACUGACUUCAUAUAUGGUGCUGUGAUCUUUACGGGCCAUGACACGAAAGUCAUGCAAAAUUCAACGAAGCCGCCAUCCAAACGAAGCAAGAUUGAGAUGAAGAUGGAUAAGAUCAUCUAUUUCCUGUUCAGCGUCUUGGUCUUAAUGUCUGUUGUUGGAUCGAUCUUCUUUGGGAUUUGGACUGGAAAGGAUCUACAGGAUGGAAAAUUGAAACGAUGGUAUCUCAGACCGGACAAGACCACUAUCUUCUUUGAUCCAGAAAAUGCAUUUGUCGCAGCCAUGUUACAUUUUUUGACAGCCUUGAUGUUGUAUGGCUACUUGAUUCCCAUCUCAUUGUAUGUAUCCAUAGAGAUUGUCAAGGUGUUGCAGAGCAUUUUCAUCAACCAAGAUGUGCACAUGUAUUACGAGGAGGCUGACAAGCCCGCACGGGCCCGCACUUCGAACCUGAAUGAGGAGCUCGGCCAGGUUGACACAAUACUUACGGAUAAGACAGGCACUCUGACCUGCAACUCCAUGGAGUUCAUCAAAUGUUCUGUGGCAGGAACAGCUUAUGGCCAUGGUGUUACAGAGGUUGAACAGGCCAUGGCUAGAAGGAAAGGAUCACCAUUGGUUCGGGAGGUGGGAAAUGGUGAUCAUCUUGAGGACCAAGUGGAUAAAAGAUCAUCUGUUAAAGGUUUUAAUUUCGAGGACAGACGGGUCAUGAACGGAAAUUGGGUUAAUGAGCCCCACUCGGAAAUCCUUCAAAAGUUCUUUCAGGUGUUGGCAAUCUGCCAUACAGCUAUACCUGAAGAGGACAAACAGAUGGGCAGAAUUUCCUAUGAAGCCGAAUCGCCGGAUGAGGCAGCCUUUGUGAUUGCAGCAAGAGAACUUGGAUUCGAAUUCUACAAAAGAACACAAACAAGCAUCUCAUUGAACGAGUUGGAUCCAGUGUCCGGAGUGAAAGUCGAAAGGUCAUAUGAGCUUUUGAAUGUCUUAGAAUUCAAUAGCUCCCGAAAACGGAUGUCUGUGAUUGUAAGAAAUGAGGAGGGCCAGUUGUUGCUACUUUGCAAAGGCGCCGACAGUGUCAUGUUUGAAAGGCUUGCGAAGAAGGGAAGGGAUUUUGAGGAUCAGACGAGGGAGCACCUUAAUGAGUAUGCUGAUGCUGGCCUGAGGACCUUGGUGCUUGCAUAUCGUGUACUCGCUGAAGAGGAAUACAAGGACUUUCGUGAUGAGUUCAGCGAGGCCAAGAACUCAGUCAGUGCAGAUCGGGAUGAAAUGGUCGACGAAGCAGCGGAGAAGAUAGAGAAGGAUUUGAUCCUUCUUGGCGCCACGGCUGUCGAAGACAAGCUGCAAAAUGGGGUUCCUGAAUGCAUUGACAAGCUUGCACAAGCUGGAAUAAAGAUAUGGGUCUUGACUGGAGAUAAGAUGGAGACUGCCAUCAACAUUGGGUUUGCAUGUAGUUUACUCAGGCAAGAAAUGAAGCAGAUAAUUAUCAAUUUGGAGACCCCAGAAAUUCAAGCAUUGGAGAAAGCGGGCGACAAGAAUGCCAUUGCUAAGGCAUCAAAGGCUAGUGUUGUCAAUCAAAUAACUAACGGGAAGUCCAGACUCACCACCGCGAUCGGAAGUUCUAGUGUGUUUGCUUUGAUCAUUGACGGCAAAUCUCUCACUUUUGCUCUAGAGAAGGAUGUCAAGAACUCAUUUCUAGAACUGGCAGUCAGCUGCGCAUCUGUUAUUUGCUGCCGCUCAUCACCCAAACAAAAAGCACUAGUCACAAGAUUGGUUAAAGAGGGUACAGGUAAGACGACAUUAGCAAUUGGUGAUGGCGCCAAUGAUGUGGGUAUGCUUCAAGAAGCAGACAUUGGAGUUGGUAUCAGUGGCGUCGAAGGAAUGCAGGCUGUCAUGUCAAGCGAUAUUGCCAUUGCUCAAUUUCGAUUUUUGGAGCGGUUGCUGCUUGUGCAUGGACACUGGUGUUACAGAAGGAUCUCAUCGAUGAUAUGCUAUUUCUUCUACAAGAACAUUGCAUUCGGUUUCACUCUCUUUUUGUUCGAGGCAUACGCAUCAUUUUCGGGCCAAGCAGCAUAUAACGAUUGGUACAUGUCAUUAUAUAAUGUCUUCUUCACAUCUCUUCCUGUGCUUGCUUUGGGAGUGUUCGACCAAGACGUUUCUGCACGGUUUUGUCUGAAGUUCCCUCUCUUGUACAAAGAAGGCACGCAAAACGUUCUCUUCAGCUGGUUUCGGAUCCUCAGCUGGAUGUUCAAUGGCAUUAUCAGCGCUGUUGUCAUCUUCUUCCUCUGUGUGGCUGCAUUGCAUCACCAGGCCUUCCGUAAGGGCGGCCAAGUCGUAGACAUGGAGAUCCUUGGUGCAACGAUGUACACAUGUGUCAUUUGGGUCGUGAACUGCCAGAUGGCGCUCUCGGUCAGCUACUUCACAUUGAUCCAGCACAUCUUCAUAUGGGGCGGCAUUGCAUUGUGGUAUCUCUUCCUCCUCAUCUAUGGUGCAAUCACGCCUGCCAUAUCAACCACUGCCUACAUGGUCUUCACUGAAGCUUGCGGCCCAGCUCCUAUGUACUGGCUUCUUACCCUUUGUGUGGUGAUAGCCGCCCUCCUCCCGUACUUUGCAUACUCAGCUUUUCAAAUGUGGAUCUUUCCCAUGUACCAUGAGAUGAUACAGUGGAUUAGAUUGGUUGAUCCAGAGUACCGCCAGAUCGUGCGGCAGCAAUCGCUGCGGCCCAACACAAUCGGUUUUACGGCACGGGUGUGAGCUAAAACCAGUCAUGUAAAAGAUAGAAUUCAGCAGAGGAUGCAACUGUUGAUAGAGCUUGCCAGGCAAUUGUACAGUUUGAUUCCAAAGGACUUAAAAACCCCAUCAAAAGGGCCCAAGAUGAAUGAGCCAUCUCCUUUGAUUAUCAGAAACUAAGAAUUGGAUUUGGGAGCAUGGUUUCUAUAACCUUAUGUGGAUUAAGUUCAGAAGCGAGGGUGCCUAGUGUUAUUAGUUCAAUGGGCAGAAAAUUCCCCCAAAAGAUGUAAAUUCCAUUUCUUGCGCUCAUGGCAGCUCAGGUUUUUGUUUUUUGUUUUUGUUUUUGUUUUGUAUUUGUUGCUUCUUUUAGUUACUUCAACAUCAAGCAUUUAUAUUAUACUGAAGAAAUCAAUUCCAAUUUUUUGGAUUAAAAUCA